UGCCAAGGGAGUGGGGAAUUGAACAGUGGUGGAGGUUGCCUGGUUGUGCGGAAGAGCCCUUCAGUUGGUUAUGUUUCUUAAUUGGUUUUAGUGGCCCAACGCUAAUCCACUAGGGGGGUAGAGACACACACGUCGCCGUUCUUAUAUACCCAGAUUGGGAAGUCGUUGUUGCUAAUUUCUUUUAUUCAUUCAAGUCAAUAGUAACAGUUGGGACUCUCUACAAUCUAUGUGGGGAAGUGGGCUUUAGGAAACUGGAAAGUCCCUGAGAUAUAGGGGGUCCUCUUCCCAAAGAGGAAGGACUAAGGGAGUUAUAAAUAAAGACCUGUGUUGUCUGUAUGGUUUUGAGUUUUUGGGCAUGGAGAAAAUGUCAAUUCUGUUCCGAAAUCUAAAGUCUUUGUAACUGUAUUGGGUCUUUGAAUUGGUGUACGCUUGAUUGUGUUCGGGAGGUAAAUCUGCUGGACUUUACCACAGCUGGCCAGGCGUGCCUUUUCAGUAUAGCAUGGGUUUCUUGUUCUAGAAAGGAUUUACCGGCAAUAAAAGUGGAAAAAAGUGUGUGAAUUGUUGUGGGUUGGCGGUGGUCUAGUGGAAAAUAGCUGGGAGUUUUGGGAAGUUGGUCAAGGUGCUUUCUUAGGACACCCCUGGUUCACCAUACAGAAAGAAGAGCCUGGAAUUGUUAUUGAAAUGUCUAAGAUGUCAAUGCUGAUUGGGAGUAUGACAAGAAACAAAUCUCUGGCCUGCUCUGGUGGUGGGGGAGAAUUUAAGGCUGAGGUGUUAAGUGAAGUUGUGGAACACAAGGUGAGUGGUGAGCCUGCCGGUCCUUCAGAGAAGCUCAUGAGGCAGUUCAGUGAGGCUACUUAUUAUGACUCAGAGGAAGAGGAGCAUGGUGAUGCCAAGGUUGGAGGGGAUUUUGUUGUUGGCCCUCUUCUUCCCCUCAAGGAACAGCUUGAGAAAGACAAGGAGGAUGAAAGCUUGAGAAGAUGGAAAGAACAACUGCUAGGCAGCCUGGAUGUUAACUCCAUGGGAGAACGCCUGGAAGCAGAUGUUAAGAUUAUAAGCUUUGGGAUUUUAUCAGCAGGAAGGCCGGACUUAAUUAUACCUGUUCCUUUUGUCCCUACUAAUUCAAGGGGUUCCUCCUUCAUACUCAAAGAAGGCAGCCACUACAAUCUCAAAAUUUGUUUCUCGGUUCACGAUAAUAUUGUCUCAGGGCUCACUUACAUCAACACUGUCUGGAAGAGUGGAGUAAGAGUGGACAGCACUCGUGUUAUGCUUGGAACAUUCAGCCCUCAGCAAGAGCCAUACGCAUAUGUGAUGGAGGAAGAGACGACACCCUCUGGCAUUUUUGCCAGGGGAUGUUACUCAGCCAGAACCAAGUUUGUGGAUGAUGAUGAGAGAUGCCACCUCGAAAUAAAUUACACCUUUGAGAUCAGGAAGGACUGGUGAUUUGAUUUGAUUAUAUUUCUUCCAUUUGACUUUGUAAGCUAUUUCUAGUAGUUUGGGUUGGAAUGCAUAGUUUUAGGUAGAUGGGUAGAAGGUUGUUAAGGAUAUUUGCUGGUUACUCUCUGGUUGCUUGAAGCCAGCAAACUCUGUGGCUCAAAUGAGCCUUGCAAUGGAAAGGGUGCCUGCCCUCUUGUGAUCCAAGAUGAUGUUACUCUAGUUGAACAUGAUUGAGACUUGUGUACAGUAGCCAUAAACUUUCCACAUUUACAGUGUUGAAGUAUGGUAGUGGGAAUGGAGAAUCAAGAUUUUGCUGUAACAGGAUCAUAAAUAAUUUGUCAAUUUGUGGCAGGAUUUGUUUUUUUGUUUAUAUAUAUAUAUGGGCGUAACAUGUGAAA